AUGACGGAAGCGACAUUGCCAUCUGAUGACAGCAUAAUUUCCAGUGUUGCCAAUGCUACCAUCACUUUCACAGCGAAAGAACAGAUAACAGCUUAUGGUUCCAUAUAUGGUAUGGCAUUGUUCUGUAUUGUUAUCGGUAGCAUUCGUUCCUUGUAUUUUGUGCAAAAACAUAUGCGUAAAAAGCGGCUAAUAGAAACUUCGAUAACAGAGAAUGAAGCUAAAAAGUUUCCAUUAACGGCAUCAUGUGUUCUUUUCGGACUUUAUAUUUUUUUCGGAUGUGAUACUGAGUGCCGACAGAGAAUCUAUUCAGUAGUGAAGAGUUAUUUGCCACCAAGACUUGCAUCACGUCUUGAAGUAUUUUCACGUUUUGAAGUACCUUUGCUGACUAAUGGUACGGAUGUCCCGAUAGCUGUGGAAGGACACUCUUCAAAGACGUUGUUGCAAAAGGCAUUAGAUUUCUUGCCUCUCGUCAACCAAGUCAAUGUAAUGCAUUUAUUGCUGGUAUUGCUGUGUUGGGAAGGAUGUGUGGCUCUCGCUGCAAUUUUAAAACCAGUCUUCUCAUAUAUUCUUCGUGAGCUUCCCAUUGGAAAUCAUCAGCCAAAAAUGAAUUAUCCGUAUUUUUGGUCAUUAAAAAAAGGCAAAAUAGAGAUGGGAGAAGGUGACAUCGAAGGAGCUGCUAAUGACGAUUUUGAAUAUGUCCUCAAAGUUGAGUGGGAUACUCAUGAUAUUGUUGCCAUACUAUGCUGCUUGUGUGUGGGUGUAUCACAUCUUUACAGAAGACACUGGAUAACGAAUAACAUACUUGGUGUUGCUUUCUCGAUUUACGGUAUUGAAAGCAUACAUUUAUGUAGUUUUAAGGCGGGAACAAUGUUGUUGGCUGGACUUUUUAUUUAUGACGUUUUCUGGGUGUUCGCCACCGAUGUAAUGACCACAGUUGCUAGGGGUAUCGAUGCUCCAUUACUACUUCAAUUUCCACAGGAUAUUUAUCGUCAUGGAUUGAAUAAUGCUGGCAAGCAUGCAAUGCUUGGUUUGGGCGAUAUUGUAAUACCAGGAAUAUUUAUUGCUUUACUUCGGCGAUUUGAUCACUAUAUUGGUUCGGGAGGUAGUUACGAGAAGCCACGUCACUACUUCCUCAUAACUACAGUAGCGUACUGCUUUGGUUUGAUGAUUACAAUGGGCAUGAUGCACUUUUCCAAGGCAGCACAACCAGCAUUGCUUUACUUAGUCCCAGCAUGUGUAUUAGUUCCUCUAUCGGUCGCUGGCAUUCGUGGUGAAGCAUAUGAUAUGCUUAAUUACUGUGAGAAGCAUCUAAUCGAGAAGAAAAAUCAACCGAAAAAAUCGAAAGACGAAAAAAAAACUGACUGA